GGCAGUUUAAGCGGGCGGUUUCUCGUCGGAUUGUAAUUGCUGUAACCUCAUCCGGCAUGUUCAAAACUUAGCUGAAUGUAACUUGUUUGUCGUUAGUUGGUUAGUUGUUGGUUUUGUUUACCGGUCCCUCGUCAUGCCUGCUGAAAGUCGACGAUGGGAAACUUUAGAGGCUUUAAAAAACUCCCCAAAAGGAAAUAUCACAUUCAACCCUUACUGGUUGGAGCGGGGCGAGGAUAUUUUGGCAGGUUGUAAAGAGGCCAUCAGCUUGUCCUCUCACUCUGGAGUCAUAUUGCAGCGCCUUGGCUCCUUGCCCCCGCAGAGGUCCUGCUUACUGGGCUCCAGCUCCGGAGACUCCAGUCCCGGUCUCUCUGAGCAGAUCCCAGCCUCCAUUUCCUCCACAGGAUCCAUCCCCGACAUCACCGCCAAGCACACCACACUUUCUGUAACCACGUCUUUAAAGAGUGAGCAUGAGCAGGUUAACGCGCUGCAGGCUGGUAGUCACGAGGCGAAGGAUGAAGACACGGAGGCGGACGUCGGUGAAGUCUCCAGUCCCGCGUCGUUACCCGCCAUCUCCCUGCUGUCGCCCAAAGCCAUGGAGACGGCCGGCCGCAUCAUCAAAUUUGAAGAGGAACAACGAGAAAAGGCCAAGGUGGCACUCAAACUGCGGCAGGAGGUGCAGGAGAAGCUGAUGGCGGCGGUGGCGAGCUCCGGGUCAGAGCAGCUGAAGCGCUUCGAGGAGUUCAUGGAGUUGAAGCAGAGGCAGGAGUACCAGAGCAUGAGGGACAUGAUGGACAGAGAAACUAAAGAGAGCAUCGGGCGUCAAGAGAAGCUGAAGGAAGAGCAACGACACAGGAUGAAGAUCCUGAACCUGCGGCUGAGGGAGGCGGAGCAGCAGCGCAUGCGUGAGGCGGAGCUGGAGCGACAGCGUCAGGCAGAAGGCAGGGAGAGGCUGCGUAACCUCAACACCAUUCAAGAGGAGAUCCUGCAACUCAACCAGCUGCUGGAGCCGUCCACUCAGACCAAGACUAACCUCCCACCGGCCAGCCUCAGCUCCUUCAGCACCCGCGGGAACCAGCUCUGCUCCCAGGUGUCCGAAGUGGUCCGAAAGACAGCAGAGGGAGAGUUUCCCAGCGUGGAGGACAUGACCGUGGCGGAGCGAGCCCUCCACGAGAUGAGGGCUCUGAUCCGGUUGAUGCAGGAGGAGGUGGCCAAGGUUCAGGAGAGGAAGAAGAAGGAGCAGGAGGAUGAAGAGGAGCGCAGGAAGCAGGUGGAGCAGCAGGCGCAGCAAGAAGCGCAGAAGAAGGCGGCGCAGUCGGCCAAAGAGAAGGCACAGAGGAAAGGGCUGCAGAACAGCGCUGAAGACAGCACAUUGAAAUGGUACAAGGAGCUGCAGGCGUCAGCUGCUCAGUGCGCUCAGUCCUUCGAACAACUCAACUCCCCGAAAGACAACCAGACAAAGAAACUGAAGCUGGAGCUUCAGAAGGCGGCCACCAUCCCCGUCAGUCAAAUCUCCAGCAACUCCGGAUCUCAGCUCAGAGAAAUCUUUGAUAAGAUCGACAAGCUGCUGUCGGGACGGGCGGUGGUGUCGGGGGGGAAGUCUGUCUCCACCUCCCAGCAUCCGCAGGGCCUGGACUUCGUCAGCUACAAACUGGCUGAGAAGUUUGUGAAACAAGGAGAGGAGGAAGUAGCAUCUCACCACGAAGCAGCGUUCCCCAUCGCUGUGGUGGCGUCUGGUGUCUGGGAGCUGCACCCCCGGGUGGGAGACCUCAUCCUCGCCCACCUGCACAAGAAAUGCCCGUAUGCAGUCCCAAACUACCCUCCGAUGAAGGACGGCACGCCUGUGGAGGAGUAUCAGAGAAUUCUUGGUUACCGUGUCGACGACUCCGGGGUCGAAGGUCAGGACAGUUUCCUGAAGAGGAUGUCUGGGAUGAUCCGCCUCUACGCCGCCGUGAUCCAGCUGAGGUGGCCCUACGGCUCCAAACAGGGGUCUUUUCCUCACGGCCUGAACCACGGCUGGCGUUGGUUGGCUCAGAUGCUUAAUAUGGAGCCUCUGGCCGACAUCACAGCGACACUGCUGUUCGACUUCCUGGAGGUUUGUGGAAAUGCUCUGAUGAAGCAGUAUCAGGGGCAGUUCUGGAAACUCAUCCUGCUUCUGAAAGAGGAAUACUUCCCCAGGAUUGAAGCGGUGACCAGCAGCGGGCAGAUGGGCUCAGUCAUCAGACUCAAGCAGUUUCUAGAGACAUCGCUGCAGAGCCGACAGAUCAGUCCGCCCAAAGGCCAGCUGAGCUCCAACUUCUGGAGGUCGUGAGGGACGAGGAGGUUGAGAAGACAUCUUGGAUGUUGCUGCAUGACGCUGUUUAGUCUUGAACAAGGCAAAGGAGUGAGUGAUCUGAUGCUGGGAAACCUCUCCUGCUGCCAUUCAGGGGGGGAAAAAGUUGAAGCUGCGAGGAAAGACGGAAGUCGGCUACCUGCUCUGGUUUAUUUACUGGAUGUCCCGAACAGCUGAUCAGCAGGGAUUUAAUGGAUGAAGACACAGUAGAGGCCAAGUUUAACUACAUUUUUAGACUAUAAGAUGGUGCCAAGAAAAGAAUCAUUUAUCAAGUUUUGGAGAUUAUAAUGAUUAAUGAUAUAAUGUUAUAUUUUUGUCCUAAUUCUUCAAAACAGUGAAGGUAGCACUUUCAGACAAACACACUGCAAUCCUCUCGACUUUCUUUCGGGCCGUCCUUUACAGUCUUGAAAUUAUUUUCUGAGUGUCCUGGUCCAGAUGUCUGUCUGUACUGCACUGAUAAUUUGAUUUAUUGCUUUUUAAAGCUUUAGUAUAUACAAUUCAUGACUGUGCAACAGAAAACACCCAGCAGAGCCAUGUUUGUUUUUUCUUAAAUGCAAUGAUUAUGCGUUGUGUUGAGAUAAAAUCUCUCCUUUACAUUUUUGUGAAGUGCCUGAGUCUAAAUCCUCCAAAUGAAUAAGUUUUCCAUCAUAUUGUUCAGCUGUUUCUAUCAGUUUUACUGUUAGUUUGUUGAUAUUCCAGCUGUUUAUUUUACCAACGAAAUUCAGUUACGAAAAGGUCUCUACUGUUUUUAUUCAGUGGCUUCUCAAAUCAAAAUUGUGUCGAACGAUUUGAACGUUUAGCUAUUUAUAUAUAUUUUUUUAUUAUUCCACCAUGUGGAAAUAGAAUUUGUGGUUUUGAUGAACUCUUUGUUUAAUCAUUGUGAAUGAAGUUGCCUCAAGAUUAGAAAUAUGUAUAACAGAUUUAAUUCAGUAUUUCCAAAAAAAACAAAUGAUUUGAACAGAGAAACAGAAAUCUGAACACGACUCAAGGCUUUGAAGUAAAAUCCGGUGUGCUUCGCUUUUUGUGAAGAGCAGAGCUGAGGUUUGUUCUUUUCAAAAUGUGAAUAUUUACAUGAUGUAGACACAUGUGUUAAGUACUGAAUGAUUGUAAUCUUCAGGAAUCUGUAAAAAUGUCUGUCUAAACCAAAAGUCUAAAAUAAACCUCAUCACCAGUUUA